AUGAAACGGCUCUGCUCUCUGACGUCGUUCAGGUCCCGGACCUUGUAUCGGCACAACCACGAUUUCUCCACCGGACGCACUGGGGUCUUUCUCGGCUCCCCGUUCAACAGCCUGCGUACGCUGUCUGCAUUGCCAUUGAAGACUACUCAUACAUAUACCAGUAAUACCUGCCGUCGAGGAAUCGCCAUAAUGCCUCUAGAACGGUCGCAUGAUCCACUGGUAUGGAUUGAUUGCGAGAUGACUGGCCUAGAUCCGCAGAAAGACGAGAUCCUCCAGAUAUGCUGCUUCAUCACAGACAGUAACCUCAACCUCCUCGAUCCUCACGGCUUCGAAGCCGUUAUCCACCAUCCACAGUCGACCCUUGCUGCCAUGUCGCAAUGGUGCAUCGACACGCACGGUCGCACGGGACUCACAGCAUCCGUGCUCGCAUCGAUGACAACUCCUGAAGAAGCCUCGAGAGAACUACUGGCGUACAUCCAGAAAUACGUGCCGGAGCCACGCAGGGCAUUACUGGCCGGGAACAGCGUGCAUGCGGAUAAGGCGUUUCUGGCGCGGGAGCCGUAUGCGAGGGUGUUGGAGUGGCUGCAUUACCGGAUUCUGGACGUGAGUAGUUUCAAGGAGGGGGCAAGACGGUGGGGUGGAGCGGGGCUGCUGGAGGAUGUUCCCGGGAAGAAAUUGGUGCAUUUAGCUCGGGAUGAUAUUUUAGAGAGUAUUGAGGAGAUGAGGUUUUAUCGGGACAGGUUGUUUGGGAAGUAG